GCCUUCGUCAUUCCUGGGUUUCCCAGUAUCGCUGCCCUUUUUAAAUCAGUCUCUGUUUUGUCAGCAUUUGGUUAUAGAUAAUCCUCUCAGUUUCAACUGACAUGGACUAAUAAAAGUCUGUGCCGAGCUCCAGGGAUUUUGUGUCAGAGUCAAUGGGCUUAGUGAGAUUCUCGAAGAACAAAGGGCAGUGAAAGUACAAAAACACGCCUAAUUAAUGGGUAUUGAAAGACAGGCGAUUGGUGAGUCAUACAUUGACGCAAAAUGACAUCCAACCACUUACAUAGCUGCUUAAUGAGGUGAACAGAAUGAUAGCCACCCUCACCUUCCUGGUUUUGGUGUUUUCAGUUUAGAUAAACCCUCACUGCUCAUCCACAGCAGUGUUUAAACAUGUAAAAUCAUAGCUUCUAGGUUCAGCUUCUAGGGGAGGCCGACAUGAACGCCACGUGACGCUGAUUCGAAAGGAUGGCUGGUGGGUGACCCCCUGUUUGGUGUGGCAGAAGGACCUCACCGCACUCCGGACCUGGGAUCAUGGAUUGGCAUCACCCACAGAUACCAAGGGCUGUGUUGGCAUGGUGGGCAACGCUGGCAUGCGAGAUGUCUGCACGGAAGAGGAAGCAUUCUGGCGGCGGUGCAGCGCCCGUGCCGAUGCUGCCUGCGCCCCUGGCUCCGGCUCCGGCUGACAGCGCCCCCUUACAGACAGUACUGAGCCCCUACUUCUCAGAUGCGCCCAAGCUUGACCUAAGGCUGGGAGAGGAUUUUUUCAACCAGCCGUGCGUCGCCUUGGCCAAAGCCUUCCUCGGUAAGGUUUUGGUGCGUCGCCGUGCCGAUGGGACAGAGCUGCGGGGGAGGGUAGUGGAGACUGAGGCCUACCUGGGCGGCGAGGACAAGGCGUCGCACUCGGCUGGCGGCAGACGAACAGAGAGGAACACGGCCAUGUUCAUGAAGCCGGGGACCAUCUACGUGUACCAGAUCUAUGGGAUCUACUUGUGCAUGAACGUGUCUAGCCAGGGAGAGGGCGCUGCAGUGCUGCUCCGUUCCCUGGAGCCCCUAGAGGGCCAGGAGGCCAUGCGGGAGCUGCGGUCGGUCCGGCGGCGGGCGGCCGCUCGGCCCCUGCGGGACAAGGAGCUCUGCAAUGGGCCCUCCAAGCUGUGCCAGGCGCUGGAUGUGCCGCGCAGCUUCGACCGGCAUGACCUGGCCACCGACACCCACGUCUGGCUGGAGAGGGACCCACAGGAGAGGCCCGCAUGGCCGGGUCAGCUGGUAGUGGCUGCUCGUAUAGGCGUGGAGUCCUACGGGGAGUGGGCUCGCAAACCACUGCGCUUCUACCUGCGGGGGCACCCAUGUGUGAGCGUGGUGGACCGUGAGGCGGAGAGGCAGGCGGACCAGCCUGGGCUGGAGGCCUAGGAGUGGCAGGGAGGAACAUUCCCCCCCAUCUGCAUACUUCCCUGAUGAGGGGAAAUUCCAUACACAUUCUUUGGGGAUAGAGGGGGGGGGCAGUAACUGGCUGGGGGAGGAUCUUCUCCUGUUAAAUCACAUCGUGACAGCACUAUGAGGGGGUGCUAACCAUCAUUAGCACCGGUGUCUCCCACAACAUUCUACACAGACACUCAGAUGGUCACGAUCACAGACCAGCCGUGCUUGUAGGAAGAACAUCUCCAGCCACCGGCACCCUGAGCACCGGGCCUGAUCUGACCCCCUCGAUGCUGCUCCUGCCCUGAAAUAAGUGUCACCAGCUUGAGGUUCUCUCGGCUUGGUUUCCCCUCGCAGACAUUUGGGAUGUGGAAUUCCGCAGUGUCCUCAUCUGUCUUCCCAGCCUAGAGGGGGGUCUGGGCACAGACUGAAAGGGUCCAUUGUCAAUUUCUGAGGCAUGUAUUUCUAUCAGCAGUGAUCCAUCACACUGGGGAACAGUGGUACACGCCUGCCACGUCUGAGUCAUAGUGUUUAGAUACCAUAAAUAUGUCAUGUGAUGCCUCAAACAUGGGAAAAAAAAGAGACUAGAAUCAGCCAUGAUGU